AUGUCGGGCAACUCCAGUGUCGGUACCAGCGGCGUCUACGAGGCAGGCGACCAGCGCAACGUCAAGGCCUCAGAGCUGAACAAGGCGACACCCUACGAGGAGGGCAAGGAGCACUCCCACAAGCCCAACGACUCCAAGGACGAGCGGUCGAUUGCCAACCGUCUGGCCAACGAAGAGCGCAAGGAGAAGGAGGGCGACCACGACGACCCGAUGACCGCCGCCCAGAAGAAGGACCCUACCCUUCCCGCCCAGCUACACGGCAACGAGCCGUCCAAGGGCGCCAAGAUCGAUGCCGAGCUCCAGGCCGAGGACGAGGCGGCUCUGAAGAAGAAGAGUGGUAAAUAG